AUGAAAGUCGACAUUGUCAAAAUACACGAGAUCUGGCCACAGUCCUACGAGAAGAUAUCACCACAGUCCGCGGCUUUACCAAUCUUGGACGCAUGGUAUGCCUACCGUCGCACAGUCCCAACGAUAUAUCUCUUCAAGAAGCCGAAGCAGCCGCCCCAAGACCUCGUCGCGCGCCUUGCUGCGAGUCUCUCCAAAACACUCGAUGUCUACCCACGAUUUGUUGGAACUUUGGAAACCGGCAAGACUUCAAGUUCGGAGCAACACGAGCAAGAGUACGAACGGACCACUGUCGAAUGGGGCAGUCCUAGCGACAAGGCGGUAGAGUUCAUUGAAGCGAGCACGAAGUCGCGCAUUCGCAGCCUGCUUCCACCGGCCGCUCUGAACGAAUCGACAUUCUUAUGGGACUACUCUCCCUCCUCCAUCCGGGCCCUGUUUCCAACUCCAUCUUCUCAGCCUUCUGGCAUCCAAAUCCAAUUCACGGCUUUCGCAUGCGGCGGAUUCAGUCUCGGCAUCGACUUUGAACAUGGCUUGGCUGAUGGUUAUACUGCGGCAAAGUUCCUGGGAAGCUGGUCGUCGACUUAUGGACAAAUGUUUCACAGCGAGAAGGCUGCGUCCGCGAACCGGCCCUCAUGGCAGCCGGACAUCUUCAACGAGCAACUCGCUAAGAUCGAUCUCGAAGAAGAAGGCCCCGCGCUCCUUGAGAAAGCUCGCACGCUUCCCACGCGCGGCCCAUAUCGCCGUACACUGAAGCCCAAUGAUGCAGAUGCCACGCAGGCCUCGGAUCCGGAAACCAUCUACAACUACCUCUUGCAUAUACCCGCCACGGAAGUCGAGCAUAAGCUCAGGGAACUACAAUCAAAAGGUUCAAUGCGUCUAACCGAUCAGGCAGUACUGAUUGGUUUCUUCUGGGGGUGCCUCAACCGUGCUCGCGGUCAAGUCCAACGACCGCCAGUCGACCUGCACCUAUCGAGUAGCUUCCGCUGGCUUCUAGGCGUACGCGACGGACUCCUGGGCUCACCAUACGUCAACGUAAUGAUCUCUCCCGACGCAGAGAGUAACCCAGCCAAAGCCACAGACCCCAUCAACCUGGCCAUGAAAGUCACAGAAACCCUCGGCCAGUAUGAUGACACCGCAAUGCAUGCGAUUACCUACGACGCGACGUUUAGAGAUAGCCCGUCGCGCACCUUUGCGUUCAAAGGUGGUGACGAACACCUUAUCUUCAGCUCUGUCGCUCAUUUGGGAUACGAGAAGUUCCACCUGGGACCGCUCAGCCCGUCAUUUUAUAUCCCGUCGUCUUCCAUACCCAAUCUGUUCGUCUUGACAGAGGCUGUGCCCAAUGGCGAGGCCGUUGGUAACGCUUGGUACAAGAAUGGGCUUAAUCUCUUCUUGAACGUGGGUGAGGAUGUCUUUGAGGCUUUCGCGUCUGAUCCGGCGUUGGGGGGCUGCGAAGUGUAUCAGGACGUUUGA